ACUGACCAGCCCACACAAACAUGCCAGCAGUGCUUCAGAGUGCUUCACUCAUCUGCAGAGUGGACGCACAGAGGAAAGGGGAGAGAGAAGCAAACAGAUGGAAGUUAGAAAUGAGCAGUAGAGAGAGUGCGGUUUAUGCACGAGAGGAAAAUGGAAAGGAAGAGAGAGAGGGAGAGGAGUGACUCUAUCGAUAAGUGGAUCUAUAGCCGAGCGGGCAUUACUGAACCUGAGUUUGGAGUCGGCUGUGUACACCAUGGCAUGUUGCUGCUGCUGUUGUCCAGUUCCAUGCCUCAGAAACUGCUUCUUGUUUUCAGGUUGGUCCCACCCUGGCUUUCAUAGAUUUUUGCCAUGAGAAGAAAGCGUAACUUUCACAGGGAGACAUCACAGUGUUUCUGUCAGUCAUGGGUAAUAGGUUUACCCAUGAAGCGAUAUCGCCUGCUGAGCUCGAUGCCUUGUGGAAUGACCCUCCAUACACUUUAGCCGCCGUCAGUGAGCUCUUUCCACCCAUUGAUGCCAUGACAGCUGAUGAGGAAGCGGAGGCUGAGGCCGAGGUGGAGGCAGAAGGCAUAAGCAGAGAGAUUUACUGGAGGAGGAAGGAAACGUUCAGCGGAAGCAGCACAGUAUCUUCAUCAGGAGAACGCCUCUCUCCAGAUGUUGUUUUGUUGUUUAGCGGGAGGUGGCGAUCUACUGUAGCACCUGAUGAUCAGCUUCAAGAGGCACUGCGUACAAGACUCCGAGUGGUAGAGAGUAACAGCCAGGAUGUCGUCCAGCUCUUCAAGGACUUGUCUGCACGACUUCUGUCUGUUCAUGCGGAGAAAGACAGCUUUGUCAUCACCUUUAAGACUGUGGAGGAGAUCUGGAAGUUCUCCACUUACCUGGCACUUGGAUAUGUAGCAAGAUGUCUUGAGAACUUUCUUUGUGACCAGUCAUUCUGGCUGGACCCUGCAUUGCUAAGCGAUGUGGAGAUUUGUGUAACAGUGGAUGAAGACCACUUAGCUACUCUUUACUUGGGACUUCUGCUACAGGAAGGUACAUUUUUUGGCAAGACUUUGUAUAACAGUGACUGCAAAGAGGAGGAAGAAGAGUUAAACUACAGGAGGAAUGACCUGGUCAUGGUGAAAGACAUUGGACAAGAAGCCAUAUGGGAGGGUACACUACUGUCAACAGGCAAACAUGGUCUGGUGCCUGUGCAUGAUAUGCAGCCUCUGCCUUAUCCAUUUUAUCAAUGGUUCCUUAAGAAAUAUCCAGGAAAUGCAGGAGGAAUUUCAGUUACAGAAGGCCUCUUUGAUCAUCCUGUUGUUGUGGGGACCUGUGUGGCAGUAGUGGACCAUUACCCAGUGGUGAAAGACGAGCUGCACUUACGCAUAGGAGACCAAAUCAAGAUUGAAGGAUUUCUUUUCAAUACUCUGAGUAUGUUCAUAGGAAGACACCUCACCAGUGGAGAGAUAGGAUUUGUUCACAAAGCCCAUGUAAAACCAGAGAGUACUGAGAGACUCAAUGGACAAUUGGUCUUUCUGAGUGAGGAGGAAAGGACGGCCCUGUCUAAACUUAACCCCUGCCUUGAGCCCUGCCAGUCAGAUGUACUGACAAAUCUCUUCUCCACUGACAUAAGCACUGUGUACAGAUUGGACAGACUUGAUGACUCCGAUUUCACUUACAUCAGAAACAACCCAAUUCCAGAACAGAAAACCACAGUGGAUCAAAGAAAGCGCACUAUAUCUGAAAAGAGUGAUGCAACUCCUUACCACUCAUCCCCAAGGCAAUCAUUUUCUUCCUCUCGAAAUCACCUUGACCGAGACUCUGAAGUCCUCUCUUUCAGCUUGGAGGACACCUUCAGAGAAAUGGACGAAUAUGAGGAAGACCCUCCAAACUUUAUGGAUGAGGGUAUCUGGGAGACUGAAGAAGCUGAGAGUUGUGACCCAAUCUUGACCCUCCUCAAUCUGGAAUAUUUCCAAGACACUUUUAAAACUCUUUAUGACCUCUCCUACUCUUUCCUGGACACUUUCUUCAAUGGCCUUCCAGAGGACGAGGUGCUACAACAUUUGGAAAACCUGCGAGAAGGAGCCAAGAAAGGCAGGAUGCUCUGGGCCCACCGGCGUGCUUGCUUCCUCCUCGGCCGCCUAUGUGCCAAGAAACUAAAGUACUCACAAGCACGAGUGUACUUUGAGGAGGCUUCAAAGGUCCCUGUUAAUGGCUUUAACGACAAACCACUACUAAUAGCCCUUUACACCAAUCUCACUUCAGUUUACCUAAAACAGAAGAUGAUGGACAAGUUGCCGUUCACACUUGAGAAGGCAAGUGCUCUGAUUCUUUGUCUUCCAUGCCACAAUUUCUGCUCUGUGGAUGAGUUUGAGCUGCUACAACCAAUCAUGCGCAGAGCCAUAAUUGAAAAAGACAAGUACCUAGAGGCUCGGACAUGUUAUCUCUCUGUUUGUCUCUUUCUCCAUCUGAGGAAAAUAGAAGAAGCUUUACCAUUUGUAGAGAGGCUUCAGUUUCUUAUCAUCACACUGUCUGUGGAAGAAGGGAGGCAAAUUGCCCCGGUUGAUCUCAACUGGCUGCUGUGCAGGCUUUACCACAAAAAGUAUUUACCUUUUCUCACACUUGCUUCUUUAAGUCUAGACUCAGGGCAAGAUCAUUCCUUGAAUGAUGCAUUCCAGAAAAUUGAACUCUUUAUCAAAAACUCAGUCAGGCUUAAUCCUCACUGGAAGGAAAAUACUUCUGUGCUUCCUGCACAGGUGGUGGUUUACCUUCAGCAGGCUUUGGCAAUAGCUAGUCAAGGAGAGGACCUGAAGACUCAGAGGGACCUGUGCCUGAGCCUGGCUAGUGUUUACCAGCAGCAUGGAGCACUAAAAAAGGCGGUGCCAUUUGCCCAACAUGCAGCAAAGACUGGAAAUCAAAUAAAUGAGGAGGAGGGUUUUGAAGCAUCCAUACUGCUGGCCUGGCUCUUGGUAAUGACAGAUGAACCCAUUCAAGCUCAGAACAAUCUUCAUCCUCUUCUUAAGUCUUUGAAUGAAACAGACAGUCCAACACAGCGCGGGGUAGUUUACAAUCUCCUAGCUCUAUGUUUACGCAAACAGGGCAGAGUUCAGGAGGCAGCAAGAAACUUUUAUUGUGCUCUGCAAAUCUCCAGAGAGAAUGGGAACAAACGUAAUGAAGCCCUAGCUCUGGCUAAUUUGGGAUGCUUGUCCCUAUCCAUAGGGGCUUCAGGCCUGGCAGAGUGCUUUCUACUCAAAUCCUUCCACCUAUUCCAGUUUCUCUCAGAGAGCCCUACAGACCAGGAGCAUGUCCAGGUUCUGCUAUGGCUGGGUAGGAGCUUCAAGGAUAGAGGGGGGAGCCAGGAAGUUCGAAUGUGGUUCGAGAUGGGUCUUCUAAUUGCUAUUAGAGCGAACAAUCUGCACAGUCAAAUGGUUGUGGCAAAAGUUUUAAGUCGUCAUUAUGCUGAUUUGCUGCUGUAUGGACAGUGUAUUGUUUACUAUGAGCACUGUGUGAGUCUGUGCAGAAGACUCAAGAAUAAACAGUUAGAAGGAGAAUACCUUGAACUCCUGAGCAGCCUGUAUCUCUCACUCAACACUGAGAAGUCAUCUAGGAAGUCUCUUGACUGCUCAAAGCAAAGCUUGAGGAUCUCCAUAGAUCUGGGGAAAAGACAGGAAGAGUCUGAGACAUGGUUACAAGUGGGCCGUAUCUACUAUCUAAUCAAUGAAGACGAACUGGCUGACAUGUACCUGCAGGCAGCAGUAAAGACAGCCCUCAGGAUGAAUGACCCAUGCUUCGCUAUGAGCAUUUAUGAGGAAGCAGGAGAUGUGUUUUUCAAAGGACACAGAAAUCAGAUAGCUGCCCUACCUUUUUACAGGGAUGGGAGUUUGCCAUUUGCACGCAGCAUUAAGGAUGUGCACUCAGUAUUCAGGCUGUUAAGUAAACUGACAGAGCUCCUGAUGAAGCAAAAACAGUAUGAGGAAGCACUGCAGUAUGCCACGCUCGCAGUGCAGGUCAGCGCCACCACUGGUGUUCUUCUUAAUGAGAGAGCAUCCUUCCAUCGCCUCGCCUCAGUAUACUUCUCUCUAGGGAAGUAUGAAAUGGCUGAGAACUACUAUCUGAAGUCUCUUUCUCUCUGCCCCACUGCACUUGAGCAUGCCAUUGAAGUUCGGUAUUAUGUUAAAGUGUACUGCAGACUGGCUGAUCUGACCCUAUACAGAUUAAAGGACGCAUUUGAUGCCAUGGGUUACUUUCACUUAGCCCUGGCAGCAGCCCUGGAGGAUAAAGAAAGCCUCAGCACACUGUACAUAAUCUACAUGAAGCUUGCAGAGAUACAUGCCAACUACAUGCCCGAUGCCGAACUGUCUAAGAGCUACAUGGACAGAGCGCAGAGUCUGAGGAAUGAACUGGCAGGAUACACAGACUCCAAUGACACAGAAGAAACAGAUGAGGCUGAUGUUGACAUUGACAACAAAUCUGCUCAUUCAGAUGCCAGCAGUGGCACUAGCACCCUCACAGAGUCUAGCAUGACCAAUACCAGCCUUACAAUCAAUGCCCAGAAAGAGUCUGAGCACUCCAACGUAAGUCACAAAGACGAUACGGACACUAACAGAUCAGAAGAAACAGACUCUCCUGAUCGUACCAAUCCAGAGACUAGCUGUGAAGAUGCAAACCACACUAAUGGAAGCACACUGAAGGAGGGCUUGACUUUCGUAUUUUGAACUGAAUCACACAUAAUGCUAUCAUUCUGAAAACAAUGCACUUCUUUUUAAUGAAUAAGUGCAACAAGACGCUUUUUCCUUUUUUUAAAAAAUCAAAUGUUUAAAAUGAUCUAAUAUAUUUUGUAUUCUGUGAAUUUAAAAGAGUAUGCAUAAUUGUAAAUAAUUGUUUGUAUUCAUGUAAAUAUGUUUUUUUAUCUGUCUACCUUACAUAAUUCAAAUUUAAGAAAUGCAGUAUACACUUUUUAAUUUAAAGAGCCCCUAUUAUGCAUUAUUAAAGGUCAUAUUUUGGUUUUGGGAGUCUCCAACAACAGGCUGAUAUGAAUGCAAGGUCAAAAAACACUUUCAUUGUCUAAUAAUAUGCAUUUAUUCUUACUUAAUUAUCCCAACGACUCCUAUGAUUUGUUCAGCGAUUCAUUUGUACCCAAACCCCUCCUUUGCGUGAGGAUAAUCUGCAGUGAUUGGUCCGAUGACCCAAGUCUGUUGUGAUUGCGAGUGUGAUCGAGGAACAGCUGAUGGUGGCGAUAGCAAACGGCAGAGGAUCGCGAGCUCACAAAUGCAUUUUAUUCAGUAAAGGAAGAAGCACAUGUCAUGUUUUCAACAUGGUUUUGGACACAAUAUGUGAAUAGUCCCAUAACGAUUUAACCUGAGAGAUACAGUACAAGCACUGAUCUAUAAUAGGCAAGUGAUCACAAGCCACGCAGACCAAUUACAUGUUACAACCCACAAUUAAACACAUAUUUUGCAAACUACAGAGAACGAGGCAACAAAUUUAAUUACACUUAGAUAUUAUGAUCCGGAGGAAGAAGAAACUGGACCGUAUGAUCUGUAAUAGUUACUGACAAAGUCCCAUACAUUAUAGUCUCUGCUGCUGUUUUUUUUAAUAGCAAACGACCGGCGAAUGCCACGCUGCAGGGUAGGUUAUUGUUAGGGCUGCAUGAUUCUGGCUAAAAUGUGGAUCACGAUUUUUUUUUUUUUGCUUAAAAUCAAGAUCACGAUUCUUCCUCACGAUUCUUUAGAUGUAAAAUAAAGGGUAAUAUGAGUA